GUGGCUUGCCAAGCCUGGCAGGGGCCGAUGGUUACGGAAUCGUUGUGCCGUUGCAUCUGCGGCAGCUCCAAGGACCAGCUGGACUCCCACAGGGCCUGGGGGGAGACCCCGCGGAUCGCCGAUGCGCUGGAGAAGGCGGGCGAGCCCCAACAGCCGAAGAUCGUUGGCUGCCUGUCCUACGCCAUCACCGUCGACCAGCCCCUGCGGGGCGCGCCCAUCCGCGAGGGCGAGCUGUGGCACCUGUCGACCGAGGACAAGGUAGAAGCAGUCAGCUUCGCCCUCUACGUCAACGGCUUCUCCUUCGGCCAAGACGUUCAGGACACCCAGGUCUCGCUGUCCCCCUUCUCCCUGGUGCGGAACUGCAAAUUCCAGAGCGCUUAUCCGAGCCUGAACCUGGCCAGCUUCAAAAUCUUCAAGAUCUCGCUGUUCUGCCAGGGCCAGUGCUACUAUUUCGGGGUGCGGGCCCAGGACGAGCAUUGCUCCGAGGAAGAGCGCUCUCGAUGGGUCCUCGACAUCUCCAGGGCGAUGCGCCUGGUGACGCAGUCGCUGUUCCCCCCGUUCACCAUCCGGUGUGACCCCCUGGUCUCCGUCGCAACCACCCACCGCAGGCUGAUGGCAGGGUACCUCAUACACCACGAUGAUGAGAACAGCGCCUCAGUGCUGUACUGCGAGCUGCACCCCCACUGCGGGGACAGGGCGAAGCUGGUGCUCUACGAGAACGAGCUCUGCGAGGCCCCGGUGCUCGACGUCUAUCUCACGGAGCGGUCGCUGUGCUGUGAGAAGAUCGGCAUCAAUUGCAGCUGCUUCUCCGUGGAGGACAGGAUGCCAGAAUCAGGGGGAGGGUGA